AUGUCUUUAUUCUCCCCCAAAUCGCCGAAGCUGAAAAGUGGCUUCCGCAACAUCGGCUCCAACAUGGGUAUAAAGUCCUUUGAACAGCUGAGCGCAAUGUUCGGCCACAACAACAGCGCAGACGGCAACAGCAAGACCAACGUGUCCCUUCACAAGAGCAAGGUUUCCAUCUGCUAUGAAUCCGAAAACAUCGUUCUCUCCUCGGCGCCUGCCUCGCAAAAUACGAUACCAGCAGGUCCCAUAAUGUCGCCGGAACUGGAUCGGGGCCGGUUUCAAUCGAGCGAGCAAUCCGAGUCGGGGACAGUCAGGGCUCUGCCUGACGCAAAAAGCCCGCCGAGCAAGGAGUUCUGCGUCGAGCUGCCUGGGUCCUUCUCUUUCGAAAAUCCCAACGAUACCGACCCUCCUAGAUCAUCAACGCCCCUCUCCCCUUCGCAGAAGAAGGAAGAUGAAGCAUCGGAAGAUCCGCGGCUAUCUUUGAUUUCGGGCUAUGCCCGUGAACCACCAGUGUUGACAGUGAGCGAUUUCGGGAACAUGCUCCGGAGAGACCAAAGCCCGGAUCGAGACGGGAGAGAGGGGGACACAUAUGUCUCCCAAAGGACAGACAUGCUGAAGGGUCUGCAAUUGAACUUCAAUGAGCUGAAGAUUGACGAUCCGCAUGGCUGGCGACCCUGGUUCAAUUCACCAGGAGAUCUACAAACCAUACGCGAGGAGAAGCAGGCUCAACUAACCCUUGUUUCGCGAGAGACUCAGGAGACUGUCAAGGCAGGUCAGGAUUCAGGAUCCGCAACGAAAGAGAAGGAGAAAGAGAAAAGUGACUUUCUACAACCGUAUGAUCCCCGGAUAUGCAUGCGGAAGAACGGCUACAGCCUCCAGAACUUCCAGAACUUCCACAGUCAAAUGAACCAGGAGAUCCAACACGCUUCGCAUGACGAUAGCUGUCGAGCGAAUCACCAUCACAGUCAUGAACCCUGUUAUAGCCCUCCCAAGGGCCGCCGCCCCAGCACUUUCUCCCACAUGUCUGAUUGCUCCUGUCACCGGAACGAAACGGCAGCGCUGCACUUCCGCAUCGUGGAGCUGGAAUACCACAAUGCCACGCUGGAGAGCAAGCUGCGCCAGUACCGCGACGAGAUCAAGCUCUUCAAGAAGGACGUCAAGGGCUACAAGAAGGACGAGAAGCGCUACCUGCGCGCCCUGCAGGAGAAGGACACCGAGAUCGCCGCCCUGAACGAGAAGAUCGCCCAGCUGGUCGGCCAGCUUUCCUCGAGCAAUUCAAACUCUGGCUCUUUGCCCUCGCCCUCGCCCAUCACGAGGACGAUAACGUCGACGUCAAAGUCGACGACAACACAAACUCCAGGAGCACCAACACAAACAGCAACAGCAGCAACAACAGUAACAUCCGACGACCUAAAGAAUAAGGAACUUCCUUUACCUAUACCGAGCCCUUCAGCAGUUGACAGCAAGAUAAAAGCCAGAAGACGGCAGCGGUCCUCGCGGACCUCCCGCGAAGAGGGGUCGUCGACUGUGAAACAGAAAUCCUAG